AUGGAAGAAAAUGAAAUCUUUAAAUCUGUCCCCAUUCAGGGGAAAGGUCAUGGAGUAGUUGCUCUUAGAGAUAUUCAGGUUGGUGAAUUGAUAUUAGCAGAAUUCCCUCUGAUCCAGGUCCCUUGGUGGAUCAGACACUCUCAGUAUGCUCAGAGGGAGAAAAAACAGUUUUUAGAACAUGCUGUUCGUACAAUGUCGAAAAAGGAUAGGUUAGGGUUCUUCUCACUACAUGAUUCAAAGGUGCCUGAAGGGGCAGAAAAGACAAUAAGUGGAAUAUGGAGAACCAAUAAUUUUGCUCUGGGAGCCAGUGGACCUAGAGCUGAUAAUGGUUUGUUCCUACUCAUGAGCAGAUUUAACCAUUCCUGUGAACCUAGUGCAGAGUUUCAUUGGAAUAAGAAUAGUCGGAAACAAGAGAUUCGAGCAACAAGAAGAAUCAGUAAGGGAUUGGAAAUAACAAUAUCAUACUUUACGAUUCAGAUUGGUAUAUUAUCACAAAAGGAGAGAAAAGAAUAUUUGUCAGCACAGUACGGGUUUCCUUGUGACUGUCAUGCUUGUACUUUACAGGGCUCUGAUUUGCUGAAAAAUGAUUAUGAAAGAUCAGAAGUAGGAUUAUUGGAGGGUCGUAUUGAGACAUUAUUAUAUGAUUAUGAAUCUGAGGAAGAAAAUUUCAAGAGUUCCCAUUUAUCAGACAGCGAUAAUCCUGAAGAGUGUAUUAAAGAAGCCAUAAAUCUCAGUUUUAUCAGAUUGGAACUGAUGUCCCGAUUAAGCUUCAAGGUUGUCAGUCAACUCAGAGUUUGCAAACUUAUCCUUGAUACAGCUUUAGAAUGGGAUCUUUUUGAGACAGCGGUGCAAGCUGCAGACCGCGGCUGUUAUCUGUCAACUGUCCUGUAUGGACAAUCCUCGGAUCAGUGUAAAGUUUGGAAGGAAAAAUUAAAGGAAUUAAAAGCUAAUCGCAAAAUUUAAAUAUAUUUAAUUCAUGAUUAUUGUAUUUUUA